AUGUAAGCACCUAAAUGGGUUGAACGAAACUUGGACAUUGAAAAAUAUAGAGAAAGAUGCACUUAGGUUCAUACUCAGAAAUUAGAGGUGCUUCAAAAACCUGGUGAUGUCAAAAAAUUGGCUAAAACAGUUGAAGGAGAGCUAGAAAGAAUGAGAAAAGAAAAACUUAAGACUCAUGAAUUCCUUCAACAAGAAAAAAACAUUUUGAUUAACAGAGAUAAUCAAGUUCUACUAAAUAAACUUGUUGAAAUUUCGCAUGGCAAAUGGGUAAGUAAAAUUCAUAAGUUACAAAACCUAAAUUCAUUAAUGUAGUCAAGUAUUCAGCCUGCCCCAUAAAAACGGACUUAAGAAAUAACUACUUCUGGACCUAAAUCACUUAAUAUUGGUGUGAGAAAGAUUUAAAAUGAUAGAAUUGAAAGAGAAAAUUAGGCUUUCGCUAAGAGGUUAUUUGACAAGGCAGGAAGUUUAUCUAAAAAGAAGAUGGAUGAAGAAUACUACAAUCAUUUGAAGUAUAGGAAGCAAAUUCAAAAGAUUAAAAAGAAGAAGAUGCCUAAGGUUAAUGGCAGAACAGGAAUGUUACCUCCAAUUGAAAGUGGUUAAGUAUCAAAGAGAGUACAAUCAGUUGAAGUUGACCCAACGAGAGGUGCAGGAGCUUUGAAUCAAAUUGAUUCUUAAGAUGACGAUGGACAAUAUCAAGAGGUAAAUGUCAAAAGAGUCGAGGCUAAUAAAAGUGAAGACGGAGGAGACUCUAGAGAAUGA